CGCACGCACGACGCAAGCCCCUGCGCUCCUCGCUUCCGGCUGCGGCGGCCUCAGCGCCGCCAGACCGGAGAAUCCUCCCCGGCUCUUUAAGCGGCAUGCAGCUCUGAGAAGCGGUGGACUCCGGGAGGCGCCAUGAACCUCCUGCCGUGUAACCCCCACGGCAACGGGCUGCUGUACGCCGGCUUCAACCAGGACCACGGAUGCUUUGCAUGUGGGAUGGAAAAUGGAUUUCGAGUCUACAACACUGACCCACUCAAAGAAAAAGAGAAACAAGAAUUUUUAGAAGGAGGAGUUGGCCAUGUGGAAAUGUUAUUUCGCUGCAACUAUUUGGCUUUAGUUGGUGGUGGAAAAAAGCCAAAAUACCCUCCCAACAAAGUGAUGAUCUGGGAUGACCUCAAGAAGAAGACCGUCAUUGAGAUCGAGUUCUCCACGGAGGUCAAAGCAGUGAAGCUGCGACGAGAUAGAAUUGUGGUUGUCUUGGACUCCAUGAUAAAAGUGUUCACAUUCACACACAACCCUCACCAGCUGCAUGUCUUCGAGACCUGCUAUAACCCUAAAGGCCUCUGUGUCCUGUGUCCCAAUAGUAACAACUCCCUCCUGGCCUUCCCGGGCACCCACACGGGCCAUGUGCAGCUCGUGGACCUGGCCAGUACUGAGAAGCCUCCCAUGGACAUUCCUGCUCACGAGGGUGUCCUUAGCUGCAUCACCCUAAACCUGCAGGGAACAAGAAUUGCCACUGCCUCCGAAAAAGGGACCCUUAUAAGAAUAUUUGAUACUUCAUCAGGGCAUUUAAUCCAGGAGCUACGAAGAGGAUCUCAAGCAGCCAAUAUCUACUGCAUCAACUUCAACCAGGAUGCCUCCCUCAUCUGUGUGUCCAGUGACCAUGGCACAGUGCACAUUUUUGCAGCUGAGGACCCAAAAAGGAAUAAGCAGUCUAGUCUGGCAUCCGCCAGCUUCCUUCCAAAAUACUUCAGUUCCAAAUGGAGUUUCUCCAAGUUCCAGGUCCCCUCGGGCUCUCCCUGCAUUUGUGCCUUUGGGACGGAGCCAAAUGCGGUCAUUGCCAUCUGUGCCGACGGCAGCUACUACAAGUUCCUGUUCAACCCCAAGGGCGAGUGCAUCCGGGACGUGUACGCGCAGUUCCUAGAGAUGACCGACGACAAGCUGUGACACUAGCCCUGAGCAUCCAAGUGCCAGCUGCCCAGUGCCCUGCAGACCCCUGGGGCUGGUGCCAAUGCCCAGGACCUUGGGGAGCGGGGGCUAGGAGGGACUGCUCAGGACUUGGGUAUCAAGCCAUCGAGGCUGUCUGCCUUCUUGAGAAAGGCUCCUGUUUCCUGAAUUAAAGAACCAUCACCAAGGCACUGCAGACACUCAGUGGCCCACCCGCCGCCGCCACCUUUUAGUUCAACUGUGACAUUAGUAUUAGUGGCUCCACCCACCGCAUCCUCACUCUGGCAGAGACUUCUCGGCAACCUGGGGACAGCACAGUGGAGCCCGUCUUUGCACCGACCCCCUGGCCCCUGAGCUGUGGGGCAGCGAGCAGGUGUGUCCUGGCAACGCAGUGCAGCCCAGACCAGGUUCCCAAAGUGAGAGCCACCCGCCCACACCCGCGACACAUGCUGCAGCCCUGUGGCAGCAGUGGGAGGGAGGCACAGAGGGCCCCAGUGAGCAGAGUACUGGUUCUUGUUCCAGGAAGGAGCAUGACUGUGGGUUUCCCAGUUAAAUCUGGGUUCAGGCAGUUCGCUCGUGACGUGUAGGGAAGAAAAUAGUGCAUAGACAAGUGGAAAAUUAGUUAACAAAAAACACCAUCCCUUAAUUCGAAGGGCUCUUCCCCAGAGCUAGCCACAUGUCCUGGGGACCUCUGUGUGGGGACAGCUUUAGCUGCUGCGUCCACCCCUUGCCGCCUCCCCAGCAUUAUGAGUAGCUGCACACUAACAUUUUGAGGAUGAAAGGCACGUACCGUUUCGAAGAAUCUGGUAACUCAGGCUCUGGGUUCCACGUUGUCCGUGCUCCUUGAGGUAAAUAUUUUCCUUCAGUUAGCUUGAAAGAAGCUUCAUGGUUUUGAUUUCAGGCUGCACAUAUUUACAGUCUGCAUCGCGGCAGGUCUGCAGCCUGCCAUGUCCUUGCUGUUAUGUAACCGACUAACUUCCCACGUGGGUUUUGAUGUCGAGGAUGCAUGUUGCCUUUACGUGUAUUUAAUCAUGAAAUUUAAUUUUGCACUUAUUUGUACGGUUUCUUUUAAAUAAAAGUGACUAAUUUUGUUGUA